AUGUGGUGCCUGCUUCUGUGUCUCAUCCUGUCUCUGGGGAAAUGUGGUGCCCGGCCCCUCAUGGAGUCCAGGAUCAUCAGUGGCUGGGAGUGUGAGAGACAUUCCCAACCCCGGCAGGUGGCUGUGUAUCAUUAUGGCAGGGCCCUGUGUGGGGGUGUCCUGGUGCACCCCCAGUGGGUGCUCACAGCUGUCCACUGCUUCAGCCGCAACGGCGUGGUGGGGCUGGGUCAACGCAGCCCGUGUGCGGAUGAAGACCCUGCUUAGCACGUUCCUGUCAGCCACUGAGUCCCACACCCACUCUACAACACGAGCCUCCUAAAGCCCAGAUUUCUCAGCCACACCGACAACAGCCACAAGCUGAUGCUGCUGCGGCUGAGCAAGCCAGCUGACAUCACAGAGUUUAUGAGGGUGCUGAGCCUGCCCACUGAGGAGCCUGAGCUGGAGAGCCUCUGCCUGGCAUCUGGCUGGGGCAGCAUCAGGCCAGAUAAGUCUAUCAGAGCAAGGAAGCUGCGGUGUGUGGACGUCUGUCUCGUGUCCGAUGAUGACUGCAAGACAGUCAUUUGCAGAGGGGUGACUCUGGAAGCCCACUCAUCUGUGACGGGCUACUCCAAGUGUGAGGACGCGGCCAGAGGGCUCCUGUCCAUGGCAGCUGGCCAAGCCUGGUGUGCGGGGUGCUCUGUACUCAAAGGGGGCCACGUGACUGACAUCCUGUCCACCUCCAGUGUCGGCAGGGCAGGGCCAGGACCCCAGAUACCCAAGUCCAGGUUCACACCUACAGUCACACUGUCAGCACAGACUGUUACUCCAAGGCUUCGCUGUGCUGAGACCUCUCAGACCGGGAAGUCUGAGGCAGCCGCCAUUGUGAGGGAUCUCAUGGUCGAGUGCCCAGGCCUCCUGGGAAAUCUUCUACUGAUCAGGGGAUGA